AUGGCUGCUCAGGCUAGCGAGGAUCUGCAGAAGCUUGACCUGAACGGCCAGGGCGGCGCCGCUAAAGCGGACGCCCCUACCGUGGGUCAAGCAGAAGCCGGAGAGGCGGAGGACGAUUCGGAUGACGACGCUGAUGAAGGAAACGCUGCUCCCGAAGGCGGAGCCAACGGAGCCGCUAAGAAAAAGAAGAAGCGCAAGUCUAAGAAGAAGAAGAAGGGUGGUGCCAAGGUUCAGAGCGAACCCCCGCGGGUCCCUCUGUCUCAGCUCUUCGCCGGCAAGCAAUAUCCCGAGGGCGAGAUCGUCGAGUACAAGAAUGAUAAUUCGUACCGCACGACCAACGAAGAAAAGCGUUAUCUCGACCGCAUGAACAAUGAUUUCCUGCAGGAGUACCGCCAGGCUGCCGAGGUGCACCGUCAGGUCCGUCAGUAUGCGCAGAAAACCAUCAAGCCGGGCCAGACCUUGACGGAGAUCGCUGAGGGCAUCGAGGAUUCGGUGCGUGCUUUGACUGGCCACCAGGGUCUUGAGGAAGGUGACAACCUCAAGGGUGGUAUGGGUUUCCCCUGCGGUCUGAGCAUCAACCAUUGUGCCGCUCACUACACACCUAAUGCGGGCAACAAGAUGGUGUUGCAGCAAGGAGAUGUGAUGAAGGUCGACUUCGGCGCGCACAUUAACGGCCGCAUUGUCGACAGUGCUUUUACUGUGGCUUUCGAUCCAGUUUAUGAUCCACUACUUGAGGCCGUUAAGGAUGCUACCAAUACUGGAAUUCGCGAAGCGGGUAUUGACGUCCGCAUGAGCGAUAUUGGUGCCGCUAUCCAGGAGGCCAUGGAAAGUUACGAAGUUGAACUCAACGGGACUAUGCACCCCGUGAAGUGUAUUAGGAACCUCAACGGCCACAACAUUGAACAGCACGUCAUUCAUGGAGGCAAGAGUGUUCCGAUCGUGAAGGGUGGUGACCAGACCAAGAUGGAGGAAGGUGAAGUUUUCGCCAUUGAGACCUUCGGUAGUACCGGAAAGGGCUACGUGAGAGAAGACAUGGAAACCUCCCACUAUGCUUUGGUUCCUAAUACCUCUCCGGUGCCUUUGCGUCUCUCCUCGGCCAAGAAUUUGUUGAAUGUGAUCAACAAGAACUUCGGCACUUUGCCUUUCUGCCGUCGUUAUCUUGACCGGCUUGGACAGGACAAAUAUCUACUUGGAUUAAACAACCUGGUUUCGUCCGGAAUUGUGCAGGACUACCCGCCACUUUGCGAUGUCAAGGGCUCUUACACUGCCCAAUAUGAACAUACUAUUGUCCUUCGGCCUAACGUGAAGGAAGUGAUCAGCCGUGGAGACGAUUACUAA